GCGACUUUCAAAAUGGCUGCAAUCGACCGGUUCGAGUUUCUGCUUCGGGAAAUUUUAGAGUUUUUCUCAAAUAUACGAGAUGUAUUUGCAGUUUUAGGAGCGAUAUAUGCUGCAAAGAAAACCUUACGGCUUGCUGCAACUGUGUUUGACUCUGUCAAUGUCCAGUUGAUAAGCAGACUAUCAGCAAAUUGUGAUUUAUCUGAAAAGUUUGGAAGUUGGGCAGUUGUAACUGGGAGCAGUGAGGGUAUUGGACGGGCUUAUGCAAGAGAGCUUGCAAGUAGAGGGUUCAAUCUUGUAUUGAUAAGUAAACCAGAGAAUAGGCUUUACAGAGCUGCAAAACAAAUAGAGGAAGAAUUCAAUGUACAAACGAGCUGUGUAGCUGUAGAUUUUUCCAUUGGAAGGGAUACAUAUAACCUUAUCUGGGACAGUAUUAAGGACAAGGAAAUCGGAGUACUUGUGAACAAUGUAGGUGUAAUGUAUGAUCAUCCACAGUAUUUUCUUGAUGUUCCAGUUGAAAGACUGUGGCAGAUUGUAAAUAUAAAUGUAGCAGCAGCAACUAUGAUGACUCACAUGAUUCUCCCACAGAUGGUUCAAAGGGGUAAAGGUGCUAUAGUGGUUGUGUCGUCAGGGGCAUGUUCACAGAUUACACCUCAAAUGACAGUAUAUGCUGGCACUAAGAGUUUCCUUGAUUAUUUUGCGCAAGCACUAAGAUACGAAUACAAGAAUUGUGGGAUAGUCAUACAGUCACUGAGGCCAUUCUAUGUAAAUACAAAAAUGACACGAUACAGUAAGACAUUAACCAGUUACGGACUUCUCGUGCCAUCAGCUGAGGUUUAUGCACGUCAUGCUGUUGCUACUCUAGGAUACAGUGGAAGAACCACCGGUUACUGGCCACACAGUAUACAGAUGUGGCUUUCCAACAUGAUUCCUGAGUGGUUGUGGAUGUGGGGCGCUAGUCGUUUGAAUACAGCUCUGAGACGUCAAGCAUUGGAGAGACUGGAUAGAAAAGAUAAAAUGAAAUCUUCCGAUAGUAUGAACACUAUAGCUGAAGCCGUGCAGUCAUAGCAUGUGAAAAAAAUUGAUGUACCCUUGUUUUUUGCUUAAGUUUUCAAAUUGAGAUUCUUUUAAGAGCAAAGAUUGCAUGGGUUAAAUUAUAUAUAAGUCAAACACUUUUAAUAAAUUCAAACAAUCAAGCUGGAAAAUUGGUUUUAUGAAAUAUUUUUGCAAUCACUAUAUUACUGCCUUUUUUCAUUGCAUCUAAAUUCAUAUGCUUUUGAAAACCAGUGCAGAAUAUUGAGUUCAGAUCAGUGAUUGAGCAAAUUUUCUCCUUGAGAUUUUGAUUUUUGACAAUAUAUUGUAAAGAACUGCUCCUCCUUCGACUUCCUCUUAACCAUUACCAUGCUAAACUUUUUAUAAUGAACUUUUCCAUCUUUCAAUUUGGACAGUACCAUUAACUGUAAAAAGGGGUGUUUACCAAAUAGAUACAGACUGAGUGGCAGACCAUGCAGAUCUUGCUCAGACUGCACAGAUGUGCAGGCUGAUCAUAAUCUUCACUGCUUGCAAAGUCAGAAUCAAAAGUGUCCAGCAUGAUGAGGGUUAAUUGAGGAAAGUUUUAAAACUACUUUGGGAGAACUAGUACAAACUGGGAAGCAGUCUAGUAACUCCUAUUAGAUGAGAAGGGGGUAAACUCAGUUAAAUAAAAAAAAAGUUGGAAGUAACAUUAUCAGUGACAGUUUUAUUAUGUAAGAAAAAAAAUCUCAGUUUGAAAAUGAAAGUAAAAUUCUGGGGUAAGAUUAUGACAGAUGUAAACAAAAUGUGCAAUGUGAUCUGUGACUUUAUUGUGAUAGUGUAAUGAAUGUUGUUUCUUGAAAAUUGAAUCAUGCAAGAAGUCUUUGAAAGUGCUGCUCACUUAGACAUUUCAUUGCCUUAUAGCAUCAGUUCCUUGCCUUAUAGCUCAUCACAGCACAAUAUUCUCAAGUUGUGCUUUUGUGAUCACUUAGCAUCCAGUGUCUAUCUGCUAGGUCUCGAAAAACUUCCUUUUGCUACAAAAUUUUUUUAAGCAAUCUCAUUUUUCAAAAAAAGGUGGAGCACUCUGUGCUUUAAAGGGUCAAAAUGAUUUGGGAAGAAUGUUUCUUGAAUGACUUUCUAUGUAAAGUUAUCACCUAUUCGAGUCGUGAAACUUUGGUGAACUAUUAAGGGCCAUUGCGGCUCUUGUGCUUUCUUUUUUACUGAAUCAAGUAAUCGUGACUAUAGCUAUGUAAUCAAGUGCAUAUUUGUGAAUUAAGUUUAAUUAGAAUGAUUGACUUUGGUGUGGAAAAACUAAAACGAAUUUGUCUUAAGAAUAUAAAAACAAAUACAAAGCAAAAUGCAGAAAUAUCUGGUUGUUUUAGAAAGCUUUUUAUCACAGGCAAUGUGCAGAAAUAAAAAAAAAAGUGUUAGAGAUAUGUAAAAGAUCCUUAGAUUCUUUAAAUACUAGAUGAAUCACCUAAGUUGAAAUAAUGUAAAUAAUGGCUUGAAAGCUUUCUAAACUAUGAAGACUUGGUAGUUGCAGCUUCUGCUGCACAUGUAAGUUAUAUAUCAAAGGCAGAGAGCAAAACUGUUGUAUUUAGUUUUUUAUUAAUAUACAUUUACAGUGGUUUUGAACUUGGCCCUCGCUAUAUCCACAAGUACAUCAGUGUUGUUGUUUGCUGUGAUCCAAAGAUUGACCUGGAUUGUUCUGUUGUUCACAUUUUAACCAGUCCUUUUUAAAUUCACUUCUAAAUUCUUAUAGCUAGGUAAUAAUGUUUUCAUUUAAACUUUUUGUCAAAACUUAAAUAUGGCUUUUACAAAUUAUUACAAAUUUUUAGCUCACCUGAGCCAAAGGCUUAUGCUGAGCUUUUGUGACCGCUCAUUGGCUGUCGUGUGUCAUGCGUCUGUCAACAUUUGCUAAAAAAAGAUUGUUCAUAUUAUCCCCCUAGGGUCAAAUAUGGCCCGCCCUACAUAGACUUAUAUAGGGAAAACUUUGCAAAUGUUCUUGUCCAAAACCACAAGGCAUAGAGCCUCAAUGCUUGGCAUGUGACAUCAUCUAAUGGUCUUCUAUAACUUUUGUUCAGAUUAUGCCCCUAGGGUCAAAAGAGGCCCCACCCCGGGGGUCCCAAGUUUUACAUAGACUUAUAUAGGAAAAAACUUUAAAAAUCUUCUUAUCUGAAAACCAUAAGACCUAGGCUUUUGAUAUUUGGUUUGUAGCAUUGCCUUGUGGUCCUCUGCCAAAAUUGUUCAAAUUAUGCCCCUGGGGUGAAAAGAGGCCACGCCCCAGGGUUUCAAAGUUUUACAUAGACAUAUAGGAAUUUUUUUAAAUCUUCUUGUCUGAAACUACAUGGCCUAGGCUUUUGAUAUUUAGUAUGUUGCAUUGCCUAGUGGUCCUCUACCAAGAUUGUUCAAAUUAUGCCGCUUGGGUAAAACGAGGCCCUGCCCUGGGGGUCCCAAGUAUAAAAGAAAAAACUUUUAAUAAUCUUCUUGACUGAAAGUUCAAGGCCUAGGCUUCUGAAAUUUGGUAUGUAGCAUUGCCUAGUGGCUGUCUCACAAAAUUGUUCAAAUUAUGCCACUGCGGUGAAAAGAGGCCACAGAGGGUCGCUUAGUUUUUAUAUGAGUUAUAUAGGAAAAAUACUUUGAAAAUUAUCUGAUCAAAUUUCCUAGACUGUUUGAUUAUAAUUACAUGAUGACCUCAAGUAAUUAGGGGUCACUUGACUGUGACCUUACCCUACUGACUUACUUUCUUGUUUUUAAGAUACAGCCUUGAAAUUUGAAUGACAUAUAUAGUUUUGCACACCGAUCUUAAAACUGAAUUUCAGUGACCAUGACUGUGACCAACUGACCUACUUUCUUAUAUUUUAACAUCAGUUUGACAUUUGAAACAUGUAGCUCAUAUUACUCAGGUGAGUGAUCCAGGGUCAUCAUGACCAUCUUCUUGAGUAAUUUUACACUUUGAAUCACAGCCUUUUUAGAUAUGAAUCCGCACUAUAACUUUUUGUAUUCUUAGUUAAUUAGAAGCAUUCUGUACUUGCAUAGACUUAACAAUAUGGAUAUAUUAUAUAUAUAUAUCGGUGAAGACUUUUUCAACAUCUAUUAAUAAGGUUUUACCAUGACUAUUUGUUACUACAUCUGUCAUUAUGUAACGCCUCUCACGUUUACAUAAGCUUGUAGUAAAUAUUUGCCUUUCAGUACAUACCAGUAUUAUAAGUCUGUUUGGUCCUGCUCAGAAAAAGUCCAUUCCGGAUAGUUUGCAAACAUUCCCAAAAAUGAAAGAGCAAAUGUUUUAUUUACGUAAUUUUCGGUGACAUUUCUUUAUGUUUGUGUAACGGUUUCCUAGUUGUUUUAAAAUAUGUUGUAAUCUUGUUUAGUUACCAGCUUUUGUUAUCACAAUUUAUGGCUACAAUUUUUUUAAAGGCACCAAACAGUUUAGAGUAACUUCAGGAGAGAGUUUAACAAUGAAAGUUAAGACUAUAUAAAGUCUUAUAAGAGUUAAGUAUUUUGAUCACUUUCAGGUGUUGAAAGUGUUUCGACAUACACAACUUUUAGAUUGAGUGUUACUGAAAAAAGGGUUUGUUUUUAUGUAGUCACAUUAUCAUGUAAAUUAUGUGAUAUGCUCUAUGUUGCUUUAAAAGUGCUAGUUAUAAUAUUGUUUAUGUUAAUUGCUGUCUGUUGUUCUAAAUAUACCUACAGUACUGUUAACUGCCAUAGGCAGGUACAUCCUACAGGGUGAAAUUUAGUUUGCCAGGUUAAUAUGUGUGUAUACAAAUGUGUUCAAAGAGCAACAAGUGUUCAAAGAGCAAACAGUGUUUAAUUAAAUAAACCUAUGUGUAUCAUUGUGUAUCAAAGAAAUUACUCUUGUCUUGAUGUAGCCUUGUUUAUGAGUUUACCUGUGUGUUCAUAGAUGAUGUAACCAUGUUUGUGAAAUUACCCUCGUCUAUAUAGAUGAUGUACCCUUCUUUAUGAAGUUACCCUCAUGUUUAUAGAUGAUGUACCAGUAUUUAUGAAGUUAACCUCUUCUUUAUAGAGGAUGUAACCUUGUUUAUGAAUUGCCCUUGUCUUCAUAGAUGAUGUACCUUCUUUAUGAAAUAACCCUCGUCUUGAUAGAUGAUAUACCCUUGUUUAUGAAUUACCCUCAUCUUUAUAGAUGAUGUACCCUUGUUUAUGAAUUACCCUCAUCUUUAUAGAUGAUGUACCCUUGUUUAUGAACUGCCCUCGUCUUGAUAGAUGAUGUACCCUUGUUUAUGAAUUACCCUCAUCUUUAUAGAUGAUGUACCCUUGUUUAUGAACUGCCCUCGUCUUGAUAGAUGAUAUACCCUUGUUUAUGAAUUACCCUCAUCUUUAUAGAUGAUGUACCCUUGUUUAUGAAUUACCCUCAUCUUUAUAGAUGAUGUACCCUUGUUUAUGAACUGCCCUCGUCUUGAUAGAUGAUGUACCCUUGUUUAUGAAUUACCCUCAUCUUUAUAGAUGAUGUACCCUUGUUUAUGAAUUACCCUCAUCUUUAUAGAUGAUGUACCCUUGUUUAUGAACUGCCCUCGUCUUUAUAGAUGAUGUACCUUCUUUAUGAAAUAACUCUCGUCUUGAUAGAUGAUUUGCCCUUUAUGAAAUUACCCUCGUCUUUAUAGAUAAUGUGCCUUCCUUACUGAAAUUACCCUCAUCUUUACAGAGAAUGUAACGCUGUUUAUAUUACCCGCACCUUUAUAGAUGAUGCCCUUGUUUAUGAAAUUACACUUGUCUUUGCAGAUGAUGUACUCUCCUAUAUGAAAUUACACUUGUCUAUAUAUGAUUUGCCCUUCUUUAUGACGUUACAAUCUUUAUUGAUUAUGUAUUCUUGUUUAUGAAAUUACCAAUGUCUUUAUAGAUGAUAUGAUUUUUGUUUUGUUCAAGGCUUUUUUGUAUUUUAUUAUUAAAAUAAUUAUGCAAGAAUUGAGAAAAAAAUAAAUCUUU